AUGCAAUAAGAAAGUCGGAAGAUUAUUAUAAAUCGAAGAGAUCAAAAUAUUUUGUUUCCUUCAAAUGCAAUAAAGACUUCUAAAUAUAAUAUGCUUAACUUCUUUCCAAAAGCAAUUCUAUUGUAAUUUAUGAGAAUUGCAAAUAUUUACUUCUUAGUAACAGCAGUUUUGCAAAGCAUGCCUUUGAUUUCUCCAUUGGCCCCUUUUUCUGCUAUAAGUAAAAUAAUAAUAUCAAUUUUUUAGGUCCUCUUGUGUUUGUUUUGGCUGUGUCAUUAUUUCGUGAAAUGUUAGAAGAUUAUGUAUAAAUAGUUCGUUAUUAACUUUAAGCGUAAACAUAGAAAUGAUGACAUGAUUAAUGAGCAAGUAGCCCUUUUGUAUAACAAUUAUGUAUUUUAAAAAAUAUAGUGGAAAGAGAUCAGGGUUGGUGAUAUUGUCUAAGUUUUAGAGGAUUUCACAAUACCAGCAGAUUUAUGCAUUCUACGUACAAGCGAUGAGAAUGGCUAAUGUUUUUUAGAAACCUCAAAUCUUGAUGGGUGAGUUACAAUACUAAACCUAGUGAACGCAAUCUAAAAACUAAAUACGCAAUAACAGAAAUUUAGGAGUAGAUGAUCCAUGGGAAAUUCAGCGAUCUUACCGGAGAACUGUAAUGUGACAAGCCUAACAAUCGGAUUCAUAAAUUUCAAGGAAUGCUUCAAGUAGAUCUAAAACAGUAUCCAAUUAGUAACAACAAUAUUUUAUUGAGAGUAUAAUUAUAGUAGUAAUUGAUAGGGAACAACAAUUAAGAAUACAAAAUGGGUAGUAGGUUUAGUAGUAUAUACAGGUCAUGAUUGUAAAAUAAUUAAAAGUUAGGGUAAGAUGAGAUAUAAAUCAACUCAUAUUGAGAGAGCUUUAAAUAUAAUAGUAAUUGUGAUAUUGAUACUGUAAGCAGGUGCUUGUAUAGCUUUAUCAUUCUUCACUGCUUAUAAUUAUAAUCCUUUAAAUUUUGAAGGCAAACCAUAGUUCAUUUACAUAUAUCCAGAUAAUGAUAAGAAUGGACCAGUUGUAACAGCAGUAAUUAGUUAUUUCUCUAAUUUUCUUCUUCUCAAUUCUAUGGUGCCCAUCUCUUUAAUUAUCUCUUUAGAAACAUUAAAGUAUUUGUAAACUACUUGGAUGGAAUUUGAUGAGUAAAUGCAAAGUGAGAAUUAACCUUUUAGAGUACUUAAUACAAUGAUUCAUGAGGAAUUAGGAAAGAUAGAAUAUGUAUUUACAGAUAAAACAGGUACAUUGACUUCAAAUAAUAUGGAAUUUCGGUAAUGUUGUAUAAAGGGUAUAGCAUAUUCAAAUGAAGAUUUACUAGAGAUUUUUAAAUGCGAUAAUAUUAUGAACGAUUUAGAAUUGGAUAAAUAUAUAAAUUUCUUCCUUUGUAUAAUAAUUUGUCAUAAUGUUAUUGUUGAUGAAAAAUUAAAUGAAUUCUAAGGUAGUUCUCCAGAUGAAGUAGCUUUAGUUAAGGCUGCAUUUAAUCAUGGAUUUAAAUUUCUAAAAAGAACUAAUAAUUCUAUUUUUAUUAAAGUUCGUGAAUAAUUAUUAGUUUAUGAGUAUAUUUGUGAAUUUGAAUUUACAUCAGAUAGAAAGAGAAUGAGUAUGAUAGUUAAAGAUAUGUAGACUGAAUAAUUACUAUUAUUUUGUAAAGGUGCUGAUAACAUUAUUUGGAGAAGAUUAGACAUGAGAAAACAUUAAGAAUAAGAAUUAUAAAUGUCUCAAGUUAGUCUUAAGAAAUAUUCCAAAGAAGGUCUUAGAACACUCUGUUUAACUUAUAAAUAAUUAGAUGAAAUAUAAUUUUAAGAUUGGUAAAAAUAAUAUAGAUCAAUUUAAAAUGAAGUAGCACUUGAUCCAGAAGCAAUAAAUAAAUUGAAAGAACAUGAGUCUAUUUUAGAACAUGAAUUAAUGUUAUUAGGUAUAACUGCAUUAGAAGAUAAACUCUAAGAGGAUGUUCCUGAAGUUAUUAAAUCUCUUCAUGAUGCUGGUAUUAAAGUAUGGAUGCUUACAGGAGAUAAAAUGGAAACUGCAGAAAAUAUUGGUCAUUUAUGUCAUUUAAUUGAUUAGAGCACAAAAUGUUUUAGAGUUAAUUAGGAGGAUUAGGAAAGUAUAUUGUAAUUAUAUUUAUAUUUAUGUUUUAGAAUGAGAUUCAAGAAAAUAGGAAGGAGUAUAUAAACUUAUGAAAAAAUUACUAAAAAAACUAAUAAAGUUAAGAAAAAUUAAUUGUUAUAAUAAUAAUUAUAAUGGUUAAGAGAAUAAUCUUCUAUUAAUUCACAAAUAAGAUCAGUUCACAAAAUGAAAAUAAAUCAAAUGUCUGUUAAAUCAGAAGGCAGUGAUAAUCAUAGCUAAAAGGAAAUUAAAAGAACAUUUGCAUUGAUUGUAGAAGGUGAUUCAAUAUAUUAUCUAUUACAUUCUAAAUAAAUCUAAGAAGAGUUUUUAAAAAUCAUUCCAAAAUGCAGAACUGUUAUAUGUUGUAGAUCAACUCCUAAUUAAAAAGCAGAAAUUGUAGGUUUAGUUAAAAAAAAUUUAAAAUCAAUAACUCUAGCUAUUGGAGAUGGUGGAAAUGAUGUUAGUAUGAUUUAAGAAUCUCAUAUAGGAGUAGGAAUCUUAGGAAAAGAAGGAAAUUAGGCAGCAAUGAAUAGUGAUUACUUCUUUUGUUAAUUUAAACAUUUAUGGAGAUUAUUAUUUGUACAUGGAAGAUGGAAUUUAUAUAGAACCAGUUAUUUUGUAAAUUACUUUUUUUUUAAAAAUAUUUUGUUUACUUUUCAACAAUUUUACUUUGCAUUUUUUAAUGCAUUUAGUAGUUAAUCUUUUUAUGAAGAUGGUUAUUUACUCAAUUUCAAUACAUUAAUUACAGCAGUAGCACCUGUUUAUUAUGGAGUAUUCGAUCAAGAUUUAGAUGUUCAAGAUACAUAUAUAAAAUCAUAACUACCAAGAGUUUAUAGUGAAUUUAAGUAUCAUAAGUUAUUUGGAAGAAGAGCAUUUGCAAAAUGGUAUGUAAGUGGAUUGUUAUGCAGUGCUCUUGUAUUCUUUGUGACAAAACAGAUAUAUUUAAUAUAAGUAAAUUCAGAAAGUGGAAGAGUUGAUGGAUUAUGGUAAUUAAGCAUUUCUUGUUAUUGGUCAAGUGUUUUCAUAGUAUUCAUUGUGAUAAUUAGUGAUUCAAAUUAAUUCACUUGGAUUACUUUCAUAGCUUAUGGUCCAUUAAGUAUUUUAGCAUUUUUUCCUGUAUUUACAUUGGCUUGGAAUGAAUUUUAAAGUGAAACUAAACAUUAUGCUUAUGACUGGUUAGGAAAUGCUAAAUUCUUUAUUGUUAUAAUUUUAAUAUUGGGAACAGUUUUCAUUUUCAAAAGAGUGGUUAACAUUUGGUAGUAACUUGAGUACCCAACAAUAAUUGAUAAGGUUAGAAAGGAGAAGUAGGAAUUAGAUUAAGUUGUGGAAUAAUCAUUACCACCUGGAUCAAGCAGAUAGGAAUUGAGUGAAUUAGAAUUUCCAAUUUCAAUUGAGAAUUAAGUUUAAGGUGUAUAUAAUCUCUCGCAUAACAUGGGAUAAUAAAGAGAUAUGUGA